AAACAGCUGACAUUUUUAGCGUCAAAUGCAAGUUCACUGGUACAUUUUUUAGCUAAUGUGUUAAGUGAAUUUUUAAUAAUAAUAAUUUAAAUAAUGUCCGCACAUGGUGUUACAAAAAUUAAUCAAAAAGAAUAUUUGAAGAAAUAUUUAUCGGGCGAGAAAACAAAAAAGAAAAAAAAGGAUAAAAAACACAAGGUAAAACAUGGCGUUAGCGUGAAAAUCAUUGAUGAUGAUGUUGGCGCUUCAGGAAGUGGUAUUAAAAUUGACGAGGAACUGUUACUAACAGGAGAAGAUGCACCGCAAAUUGUGGGUGAAUACGUUGAGGAGCGCACGGAUGAAGGUAAAAGUAAAUGGCGAAGUAUAGCAGUAAAGGAGGAAAAGGAUGUUGAUAAACAAGCAAGAAAUAAAACCGAUGAUGACAAAUGGGGAAUUAAGUCGAGAAAUAUUAAAACAGAAAUAAAAGCAGAACCUUUAUCACCUAUAAGGAAUAAAGGUAAAAAUGCUAAUGAUAGAAACAGACGAAGUAAGUCUUUAGAACUAUCACCACAACGCAAAUGCAAUUAUAGGGAUAAAAAUGUAGAAAGACAACGUAGUAGUAACUCUGAUCAGUCACCUCCGAGAAAAAAGUCAUCUGAUAGUCAUCGCCGAAGAAAUUCAAAUGAACACUCAUCACGCCGCCAAAAUAGUGUAGCUUCAAAUAGUGACCAAUCUCCACCAAGAAAAAGAUAUGAGAGUCCAAGACGGCAAAUAUAUGAUAGUGAUUAUUCAUCUCCAAGAAGGAGAAGAAGUUCUGAUAGACUACAACGACGUGAUUUACCAUUGCACAAAAAAGCAGGAAGAGAACCAAAUAAAUCUCUUAAUAGUAAUCAAUCGCCACCUAGACAAAGAAAAGGUAGUCUAAAUAAUCAACGAAGGAGUAGCAGCGAUCAGUCGCCACCUAGAAAUUUAAACCGAAAUAUAAAUCGUAAGAGUGAUCAAUCUCCACCAAAUCAAAGAAAUCGUAAUCCCAAUAGACAAUAUAGAAGUGAUAGCAUUCCAUCUCCACCUAGAAAAGGAAAUCACAGUGCUCAGCAACGAAGACGUGACAGUGAUCAAUCACCACCAAGACGGAGAAAACAUAGUCCCAAUAGGCAACGUAAAAGUGAUAGUGAUGCAUCUCCACCUAGAAAAGGAAAUCAAAGUGCUCAGCAACGAAGACGUGACAGUGAUCAAUCACCACCAAGACGAAGAAAACAUAGUCCCAAUAGGCAACGUAAAAGUGAUGACGAUCCAUCUCCACCAAGAAAAAGAAAUCAAAAUCCACUUCGACAACGACGUGAUAAUGAUCAGUCACCACCAAGAAGAAGAGAUUAUAGUCCAGAUAAACUAUAUAAAAAUGAUGGUAUGCAAUCCACAAAAAAUUUAAGAAGCCCUCAACGACAGACACGGGACAAUAAUCAAUCUUCGCCAAGAAGGCGAAAAGUUAGUCCCGGUAAACGUAGUAGUGAUAGUGACCAAUCUCCACCUAGAAAAAUAAAGAGUCCUCAACGACAAAGGCGUGACAGUGACCAAUCACCACCAAGAAGAAGAAAUCACAGUCCUUCUAGGCAAAAAUAUGAUAACUCAAAUGAUUCUUUCGCGCGCGGUAGAAAUGAAGACAGUGACCAAUCACCGCCACGAAGAAAAGUAGAAAAUACCGCAAGAGGAAAAAGACAUGAUAAUGACUUUUCACCAGCAAGAAGGCGAUCAGAAAUAAGACAACGUAGUAAUUCUGCUGACCACUCGUUAAGUCGACAAAAAUUAAACAAGCAAUUACCAUCAAGGCCAAGUCACACUCCCUCACCACCACCAACGCAUAAACCCAAAGUAACAAAAACUUUAGAUGGCAAGAAAGCAGGUCUACAAGAUGCAAAAGCUUUGAAAAAAGAAACUGAAGAACGUCGUCGUAAGGAAGAACUUAUGUAUGCCAAUAUGUCGCAUGAAGUGUCUGGACGUGACGCAGAAGUUAAAGUACGUAGUACAGGGCGACGUGGUAAACGUGCACGAGAUGCUCAAGCGGAAGAUCCUGAAGUUGAACGACAGAAAGCGGAAGAAAAACAAAAACUUAAAGAACAAUAUGAACGUUUUGGUAAAGGCCUUAAACAAAUCGAGGAUCAUCGCCAACGCACUGAAGAUCAGAAGUACGAGAGUAGUAAACCUUUAGCACGUUAUGCAAACGACGAAGAUUUGGAUAAGUUUUUGCGUGAACAGGAACGUGUUGAGGAUCCAAUGUUGGAGUAUAUGCGUAAAAGGAAAAAGGAGCGUCAGCAAGACGACGAUAAACCAAAAAGACCUAUUUAUGAGGGACCAUAUCCAGAAAAUCGCUUCGGCAUACGUCCCGGUCAUAAGUGGGAUGGCGUUGAUCGCUCAAAUGGUUAUGAAAAGAAAUGGUUUGAUGUGCAAAACAGUAAACGCGCUCUACAGGAUGAAGCUUACAAGUACAGCGUAGAGGACAUGUGAGAUGUUUGGAGAUUUCUAUUCCACCGUAGCAUAACUGUUAUUAUGCAUUAUGGAUUACAUAUUGGAAUUUUAAUAUUAGGAAAUAUAAAACUAAUUGUAUUCUCUUAUAUGAUAAUUAAGACUAAAUGGAUUUAGAUGAAUACGUUGGAUAAAAUGUACAUCUGUGGAUAUGUUUUUUCCACGCUCGUUUCUGAUCAACAAAAUUAAAGUGAAAAGAGAGAAUCGUCACAUUUAAUAUAUU